AAACAAAACCGCAAAAAGUUUUAAAAACCAACUACCUGCCGUUUGUUUUCCCCCAAAUUCACGAAACCCCAAAUUGAAACCCUAAUUCGAACCCUAAAAGUCACACGAUCCUACAAUUGACUCCCUAAAAAAACAAAAAAUCGGAAAUUUCAAAUCUAAUUCCACUCAUUUUCUACUCAAUUUCAUAUAUCUUUCUUCAAUUUGACAGAUUGAUGGAAUCUCAAGGGCAGAAAACAUCAAACAAUCCAAAGGCAAUGCUUUCAUCUCUUAUGAUUAAGAGACAAAAGCUUCAAGAAGAACUUCGUACUAUUGAAAAACAGGUGUAUGAGUUAGAAACCAGCUACUUACAAGAAUCAAGCAAUUUUGGUAAUGUGUGGAAAGGAUACGAAGGCUUUCUUUCUUCAUCAAAGAACGCCACCAACCUGAAAAGGUCGAGAAAAUUUCAGCAUGAAGAUAGACUCUUUUCCCUAUCCUCAGUUACCUCACCAGCGGCUGAAGAGCUUGCAGCUGGACGCGAAGAGGGAAGAUCAGAUGUAGGCCCUGGACGACCUAGAGGUGGAGGCCUGAGUAUUAAUGGACAGGGAAAACCAAAGAGAGGUAGAACUGGACCAAGAGAUGGACGAAAAAUCAGGCUGUCGAAUGACAUGGAUCUUGAUGACGAAGAUGAUCACGAUAUGGGUGGCAUGAGAUAGCCACCCCUUUGACUUGUAUUUGAUGACCUGUAAUCUUGUUGUAAGGAGUACUAAAUCUAUGUAAUUCUAUGUAUAAUUUUCUAUUUUUGCA